AUGUACGCUGAUCUCGUGGAGAAUGGAGGGCAGAGGUCCGUGAAGGAGCGCCUUAAUGGGAAUGGUACUAGUGGUCCUACUUGGCUGCAGCAACAACGUCAAAUCACCGGUAAGAGGAAUGAAGUACCAAAUGAGUUCCUAAAUGAUAUAGGCUAUGACAAACAGGGAAGGUUUUUGCUUGCUGCUGUAAGUGGCCGCAUUUUAGCCCAGUCAUAUCACUCAAUCCUUCAAGUUGGUUACGAGAUGAUCGAGCAAGCAGUUAAUACUACUGAUGGAAAUAGUAGUGAAUACCAGCCUGAAAUUGCAUGGAAAAGAUGGGAGUUGUCUGUCAUGUUGGAGCAUGUGCAGGCCCAUGUUGCACCAACAGAUGUUGAUCCAGGGGCCGGAGUGCAAUGGCUACCAAAAAUUCUCAGAGGAUCUCCAAAAGUAAUGCGUACAUGCGCUCUUCUUGAGAGAGUUUUUAUGCCUUGUGAUAUGUACUUUCAGUUCACAAGGCAUAAAGGAGGAACUCCAAAACUGAAGGUAAUUCUUUUUGUAUCAUUGUAA